GGAAGUAAAUUUUGAUAAUGGCGGCCGCUAUGGUCCGCCACGGACGUCCAUUCAGAAAUGUCCGAUCUAGAAUACGUCACGAAAGCGGCGAGGAAGGUGUAAAAUUGGACCUUUCGAAAGAUCCUGGCGAAAAUAUUAAAGAAAUACUGACUAUAGCAACAGUGCAUCUUCAUGUACAUAAGACCAAGAAGCUGGGAUAUCUAAAUGCAUUUGUUAAACUUCUGUACAAACUGGGAAAAGAGAAAAGCUUAGGAUAUUCAAAACAAGAUAUACUUUGCUGCUUAAGGGUGAGUUUGUUCCAUGAGGCUAAGGAGGUGAGAGCUGCAACACUAAGAGUGUUGAGGUAUUUCAUACAGGAUGGGGAAACAUUGGAUCUCUUAUACAAACUUCACAUGGAUUAUCUCAUUGUCAGGUCAAUUGACAUGUGCCUGGACAAUGAGGUGGAGAGGAUUCAUGCCAUCAAACUGGUACGACGGAUAGCACAGCUGGCUCCCCACAGACUCACCUGCUCCCUUAUCUACCCUCUAGUUGCCAUUGGUAAUGAUGGGGCAGGUGAACGAGACCGCAUGGUUCGCGUUUGUCUCUCUACUAUUUGUGAAAUAGCAUUCCUGAACCCAGAACUGAUUGCUAAGUGUGGUGGUGUUGGGAGUAUCCUGAGGGCUGCACUGGACUGUCACCAAUACCCCAGAAUCAAUGAGAGUCUUGUCUGCACAAUCCUGCACCUCCUCAACCAUCCACGCACUAGGCACCUGAUCAAGUUCAAUACAGAUUUAGAGCAACUGUUAGCACCAUUCACUGACUGUCAUUACCGGUACAGUGGAGCAGAGACCUCUGACCACUCGGGAGAGGAUAAAGAAAACCGGUUUUCUGCCAGCAAGAUGGCUAUAGUGUCCAUUAUGAGGUCUUGGCCAGGUAUCAUAAGAUUUUGUCGACCAGAUGGGAGCGGUCUCCAGUCCUUAGUAGGAAUACUAUAUCUGCCAUAUUAUGAGAUUAGGCAAGGAAUUGUAGAAAUACUGUAUGAUUUAUUCCGUCUUCAAAUACCUGAGUGGACAGACAACUUCUCAACUGCCUUGCUGAGUGUUGAUCCUUCUAUGAUGCGAGACAGUUGGCGCCUGACAGAUGGGUUUAUUUGUGAGGAAGGUCGAUCACUGUUACCACACAUGGCCAAAAUAAGACCAAACCUUGUAGAAAAUCAUUUAGCCCUUCUGCUCUCCGCAUGGAUUGGUGCUGGCAUCUUAGAUGCUCUGGUGGAAGUGGUUAUUAGCAGUGAUGAUCAUCUGUUUGUGAGAACCACCAUACUUCUAGGUCAACUGAUGCACAUGGCCAGCACCAUUCUACCUAAUGAGUGUAGCCACCACAACCACUGUCUUCCUACUCUCAUGGCCAUGGCCUCUGCUGCAGACAUUCCUCAGCACCAACAGCACCGUGCAUGUAAAGCCGUGUCCUACCUUGAUCGGUUACAUUCCAUGAGAAAACGAGGUAUAGUGCCCUGCAGUCUGUACCUGGAUCAUCUCAUACAGAACAUGGGUGGCCGGAAGUCGCCUUUCUCCAAACACUUCCACCAAAACAAGAAUAGGCUCAACUCCUACUAUAUAACCAAGUUAUCAUCAGAAGACAUGGUUAUACAGACUGUGAAGGACUCACAGGUUCUUUAUACCAAAGACAAUUAUAUCUGGGACUGGGACCUUAUUGGCACAAUCCUCAAGUGGCCACUGGAUAAGCAGAAGAAGCUGGAUGAACAGAUGUUAUCCCGGUUUAUGAAGCGGUUGAUAUACUUUUUUAAGCCCACCAACCAUCUGUUUUCCCGUCUGGAUGUUGUUCACAAGUUGGCUACUAAGAUUGCACAUGCUGGAUGUCUACUGGCAGAGUUUUUGAUGGAGUGUGUACAGGAUGACAUUAAGAAACAAUUUGUAGACCUGAUCAGUGACAUAGGACAGUGUUUGUCUGAGGUUGGGAGCAAGCACCUGGCUGCAGAGGCUGUUCUCAGUCCUAGUAAUACCAUCAACACCUGUAGUCAGUACUACUUCCUCUUCCUGGGCAAGAUCUCUGUUACAGUCAAAGGGGACAAGCUCCUGGAGAAGUGUGGCAUCUACCAAUAUUUGUUGGACAUUGUGCGUUCAGCGGCCCAGGACAGUUUUGUGAAACUGACAGUAUCCUGUAUGAGCUACAACCAGGAGGGCAACUGCAGAGCAAUUUUAUCCAAGGCCCUGUGCGCUUCUUCAGAGAGUGCCCGUUUGUUCUGUACGAAGUUCCUGCGGGUGUUACUACGCGUUAGAGUUCCUGGAUUCAGUACAUGGGGGAUGGAACUCCUCACCACACAGUUGUAUGACCAGAGUCGUAGUGUCUCCCAUGUUGCACUUGGGGUCAUGGAGGAGGCGUGUGAGGUUGAUACAUGUUUGAAUUCACUGAUAAAGUUACGACCAUCAUGCCUACACCUUGGAGAGAAGGGUCGACUGCUCACCUGUAGGUUCAUGUCAACACCGCGUGGAUUCCGUAAUCUAGUGGAGGCUAACUAUAUAUCUAAUGAACUGGAUAUUUGGGCAAAGACGUUUGACACAAAGUAUGUUGGCAUUGUCGAAGAACUGUUAAAUGAAGCUCUUACAACAUAUGAGAAGACAUUUGAAGGGUCCUUUUCAAGGAGAUCCAGUAGAAAGCGUCCCAGUAAAGAUGCUUUUCUGCCAGUUCAUCUGUAUGGUCAGCUCACACAAACCAAAGAUGGCUUUCAGCUUUUACGACAACAGGAGUGUAUAGAGGAAUAUUUCCAAUGUAUCCGCUGCCAAGAACUGAUGACAGAUGAAGAUAUUAUGAAAAUGAAGACUGCCCUCUGGGCUGUGGGCCACAUUGGAAGUUCUACAUGGGGUAUUGGAUGGCUUGAUGAGGAACGUCUAUUUCCUGAAGUGAUACGACUAGCGGAGGAGUGUGGAGUGUUCUCCAUCAGAGGAACAGCCUUCUAUGUGUUGGGACUGCUGGCCAGUACACGUGAGGGGGCGGAACUCCUUACUCAACUUGGCUGGGAGUCAUGUUGGCACUCACGUGGGGAGCUGUGGCCAGUGGUUGAGGAUCGUGCUGAGAUGCUAACUGACCUGGAGGAUGCAACAGAAAGUGUAUUGAGCUUCGGCAGCACAUCCAGAUCUGAUCCAGAUUACCGCACAAGUCUACAUUCCCCCGGAAUAGCUUCCAACAGUUUGUUCUUUAUUGCAGAGGAGGAAAAGUCUUUAUUCAGUGAUGGGGAUAAAGUGGCUUGUGAUAACAACCAUAACCGUAGCAUAGACACCACAAGCAUUCCAGACACCUCUAAGUCGGCCAUAAUGCGCAGUAAAACACUUGCAUUUGAGUCUCCAACCUACAGAAGGUACAAUAGCAUGCCUUCACAAGCUCGAAAUGUCAAAAAAUUCUCAAGAAGUAGUAAACAGCGAACAUUUAGUGAUGAUUCUGAUAAAAGGUUGAGCCCAAAGGAUCCUCUUUCACCAGUGUCGCCUUCAGAAUAUAUACCUCUGGCCUCAGAGUUUACCUCUCAAACCCAGAGCACCUCAAUGUCCCUAAAGGGAAGUAACUCUGAGGAUUCCACCGUUAUACCUGUGAUAUGUUUGCCUGAUGAAUCCUCAGAACCUGAAACUGUGUCAACAGGGAAGGAGGAAAGUGUGAAGGACAAAGAGGUCACAGACUCAAAGGUCAUUUUACGACAAGAAGGAUUGGACAAAUGUAAGAUGGUAAAACGUUCACCUAUAUUUCGAGAUGGCAGGAGCAGUAGUAGUGAAAGUUCUAGGUCUAGUAAAAACCGUGCAGAUAGUUUCAAUACUGACUCUACAACUAGUGGUGUAAGUUCAUGUGAGUCGGGACCCAACACCUACAUCUCCUCCGAGGUUGUGUCCCUCAGUCCUAUCGCUAGCUCUACCUCCCUCAACACUGUUGGGGUAAAGUCCUCCUCCCUCGAAACCAAAGACCUCAUCCACCCGUCCACUGUGAGGAGAAAGUCUAUGAAUCUUAACCGUGUUCCUAGUUUAAGAAAGAUUCAAGGUAACCCUGCAUAUGGAAUUCUGUCAUCUUCCCGGAUGGAGGGACUGACAUCAGAGAAUGCUAUAAUGUACACCACUACUAGAGAUGCAUACGGUUAUGCCACAUGGCGGUCAAUCAAACGACAGCGCACAGUUAGCUCUGACCUUGAUUCAGACCUUGGCAUCAGUAAUCUGUACGAUGAGGAAGGCACUACCGGCACGCUCAGUAGAAAGUCAAGUGUGGAUUCUAAACUAAGCCUGGACCUAUUUGGUGGAACAGCCAGUAGACUAAGUUUGGGAAUGACAAGAAAUGCUAGUGGUGUUUCUCUGUCGGAGAUGGAUGGGCGGCCCUCCAGCCCAAUGGGUGCUAUGCCAAAGGCAUCGUUACAGAAGCGCCGACCACACACAGGAGAAGCUGAGUUUUUGGGACUUACCUUGCCUGUAGAUAUCAACAUGAUGUUUGAGGUACAUGAAGGCGAAGACAAGCGCUCACAGUCUAUAUCGGCCAUGUUGGAUCGGACAGAGGACAUUCAGACAGUUCGCAGUAGAAAAGUGUCAUCAUCAGGCAAGAGGUCUAGAACUACGUCCUCAUCUACCACCAGAGGUGAUGGACUUGCCAUCGGAUCUGAUCAUGACUUGUCAGUCUGUGUGGCAUGCUACAGACUCCAAACAAUUGGACAGUCAGAUGGGGACAAAGAGGAUGGUAUACCUGAUGUAGACUUUGAGUCAGAUGGCCCAGGUAGUGUGACAGUAAUAGAGCGUGAGGAGGACCCAGGCAGUUUGCUGGAGGCCGUCAAACAACAGAAAGGUGACCGACGGACUCGCCUUGACAGUCUCAACGAGCUGUCGUCUGCCACACCUGGAAGCAUGAACAGCUGUACUAGUACUGAUUCUCCGACCAAGAAGAUGUCAUUUGAUAGUGUUCAUGGGCGUGCUCUCAUAAGACAAGAGAUUCGAAAGCUGGUCACCAAUCUAAGUAGCUCUGUGGGAGUCAAGGGCUCAGAACAGGGACUUUUGGGAUUGAAGCAGAAAUUUCCUAAAGUUUUCCAGGAUGUUUGUUUUUACUCAGAAGUGAGCCACAUCAUGACUGUCUGCUCUUUUCGACUAACAGCACGGAGGUUUAUACAGGAGCUCUUUGAUGAGUUUGACAUUUCCAAGUUACUGGAGGAAGCCAGGUGUAUUCUUGGAGUUGUCAUUGAGACAGAGAACACUGGACCGGUUACUAACAAACAGGACACCCUGGACAGUGUGUGGGAAAACAUGUUCUGAAAUGUCGCGAUAUCAAGUAAUGAUACCCCUAGGAUGUAUGGAAAUAGUGCAUAAAAUAUCUUUGAAAAGAAGACCUUAAAGUAUGUGUAGGAAAAUGUAUGAUGAAAAAAAAAAGACCUUUAAAGUCAUAGGAAAAUAGACGUCAUACAUAGUCUAGGAAUACAUCACAGAAAAAUAUACUCUGUUUUGACGUUUAUAAAUAUCUGUGUUACAAAAUAUACUCCCUGGAUACCACGUUGUGGAAAACAUUUUCCAAAAUGUCCAACACAUUUCUUAUAUGUGAGAAAACAUGCCCGGUAUGGACACAACGUUGGACAUUUGAAUCAACUUACAUUAAAAAUUGAAUGAAUGAAGUGAUGUUGUAUUCCAAGAUUAUUCCCAUAACCAUUGAUUGUUGUUAAAUACUGGCAUAUUAAGGUGUUGUUUGAGAUUACGGUGUAGUAAUGAUUAUCCCGGUAAGCUCUCCGCCCAUUACAGCCUCUACUGUCUGUGUUACCAGUGCACUGUUCAGAGAAAAGACCCUUCAUUGAUUGUGAAUUCAAAAGGACCUCAGCAUGAUAUAUUGGACAAAAUGUAUAACCAUCUUUCUGAUGUCAAUUUUUACCCACUAGAUACUUGUAUCAACUGAGUUGUUGUCCAGGUUAUAGUUACAGUAUUGUAACACUGAAAUAAUCUUUAAUUGAUCUUAAAGUUUCUAUAUUUCUUCAAUAUCUACAACAUGGAAGUUUUGAUGACCUCCUGUUUCCAGUGCUGUAAAAUUGGCCUCCACAUUCCUCUCUGAACAGUUAUCAGCACAACACCAAUUUAUGACUAAUUCAUCACUUAACUGGCAUUUUCUGUAAUGUAACUGUGUAUGCUGAUGACACAUGUAUCGACACUUGUGAAGUCAUGCAUAUAAGACAUCACAUGAUUGUCUCUGUCAUGGAAAACAAACCGUCCUAGUGGAAAUUCAGCUAUAGGGAAACCAACAUGAAUUUUCACUUAUUUUCUUUGAUAUGGAUAUGAGUUAUGUGAUGAAUGAAGUUGUAUACUUGUGUCAGUUUAGUAUAUAAACAGGUUCUUACUGGUAUGAGUAUACGUAGAUAACCAUACCAAGUGAACAAGAAAGGAAAACAAACAAUGUCAGACUUUUUUGUAUUUCGUCGGAUUACAAAAAAUAAUACAUGCACAUUGUGUUUCAUUCUAGAUCUAUUGUUUCAUAACAAUAAUGCUUUACUUAAGUUUGUGCUUAUUGAAAAUAUAUCAUUUACUUGAAUCAUUCAUGACUCUUUUAUGAUACCGCCAUGAACAUUGUUACUAUUAGUAUUACAUUAUAAAUGAUAAAAAUGUAUUGUUGAGUAUGAAUUAUUGUCUAAUUAGAUACUCUAUCCAUCCGGUUAUAUAAUAAUAUAGGGCCACUGUUUUAUAACUAUCUUGUAAGGAUGAGUCACUGUCAGCUUGGUUGUAUAGAGGAUUCAUCCUUUCCAAUCCCACCAAAUCGAAAUGUCUUCAAAAGUGCAAUAUUCUAUAAAGCUUUGACAAUGCAUUAUAUGCAUAUAUACAAACGAUCAUGUGUAUUUUUAUAUAUUAUCAAAACAGAAUGAUUUUAUUAUAAGAUACAUUUUUGAUGACAGGUGACUGUUUUAUAAAAGGUGACCGCUGUAAAGUAGGUGUGAUUGUACCAUGAAUGGUUGAGUAAAAUUAGCGAUGUAUAGAUGUGUCCAAGGCAUCCAGUUGACCCUUGAUUUUCAAUCAUUUCAGAAGGUAAAUAAUUAUUUCUCAAAAAUCUGAAGAGUCAAAACAUCUGUCAAAUAGACAUAUCCCUUCUAUUCUAGUAAUCAAGAUCUCACUUUAGGGGAUCAAAAACAUAUUCUUAAGGGUCUACUUGAAGUCCUCAUUAAGGGUCUACUGGAAGUCUCAUAGUAUGAUUGUUAUACUGUAUGUGACAGGUAAAAAACAUACAUAUGCACUUAUGAUGUUGGUCAACAAGAUCAAAGAGUUAAUGUAUAAAUAAUUUUAGUAUGUAUUCUAAAUUGUAUGAAGUGUAUAUUUAACAUACCGUAAGUGCUAGUCACACUGUUUCAGUAUCUGAUUAAGCAUGGUAUACACAGCAGAGGCUCUAGUCAAAAACAGCCGCUGAGACUUUUGUUAAUAUUUACUGUGUUCAGUAUGCCAAAUUUUCAUUAAGCGAUAUUUUGGAGCAAAGCUUAUUUUCCAAGAUUUCAAUGAAUUUUUUAAUACAUGAAUCCUUAAAUAUCAGAAAUAUUACCUGAACAUAUUAAUAUUAUUAAGUUCUCACCAAGGAUGUUAUUAAUUACUUAAGUAACAAGGUUCCAACUUUAAUAAAUCUCACUUAAAUUGCAGCAGAUUAUAGUUGAUAGUAAAAAAACUGCCUACUUUAAUAAGUAAUUAUAUAUAAUGUCAUUAAGUUUUGGUACUGAGGGUAAGUUAUUUCUGGUAUUGAUGGUUUUCUAACUGAAAAAAAAUACAUUUAAUGAUUUAUGACGUCAUUUAAUACGCUGCAAGAAGGAAUGAAAAAUUGUUAAACCUACUACAUUAAUCACUUUAAAUGUAGAAAAUGUAUGUGAUCAUAAUCUUGUCUAGAGAAUCAGUUUGAGAAAAUUUAUAUGUAUGAACUUACUGAAAAAAAAUGAAGAAUGCCCUACAAGCUCAAUACAAUAAUAAAAUGAUCACAGCCAUUUGUUUAGACUUAAUAUGAGCUCUGAUGUGUAAUGAUGACACUUGUUUUACAACUUGCUCCAAUCAAUUAAAAAGUGCCAUAAUCCGUUAUAUGUGCUUGAAGUGAAUGAUGUUUUAGCAGCGAGUGUAAUGUUUUUUACUAAAAAGUCUCGGAGAAAAUGUGUAUCGAUGCCAAACAUGUGCUUAACAAAAUGCCAUUAUUCCUUUACUCAAUUAUGCUUUCUCAAAUCUACCUGUUCUGUAAUACAUGUGUAUGUUGUCCAGAAAUUAAGUGUUGUUAAAAAGGUUGGUGUAAUUCUGCUUAGUUGGUAUGUAUGGAGUCGGACACAGUAUGGCCAGUAUUGAAGAUUAAAAUCUUACAGAUUUCAUGUGUUAAAUGUAAUAUAUUAAAUGUAAAUUAUGCCCUGGUGUGUAUUUGAAUAUAAAUUGUUCCUCUCAGAUGGAACACUUUUUACAAUGUACCAGUGCGUAAACUUCGGAGUGUACAUAUUUUACCAAGUAUAUCUGUAUACAUGCAUUUGUAAUCUUGGUGUAAGGAUUUGUAUGUUUGCUUUUGAUGUGCUCCAGUCCAAAUAUUUUGAAAUUUCUGCAGCCUAUUUGUGUUAAUGCUAAUAAGCAGAGAUUGUAUGUGAUAGCACUUGCAUGAUGGAUCAAACCAUUUUAUUUAUACUGUUAAGUUUGUUAAACACCGACUGUUAAUUUGUCGGCACACUAUUGUGGAAUAUUCACAAUACAGAGAACUGAGUCAAGGAAUAAAGAUAAAAUAAAGUUUA